AACAAGAUGGCCGCGCCCGGUCGUUCUCGCAGCUCGCUUGUUUACGAAUCGAGAGGCCCAGUUGCCGAAGUCCCGUAGAACCCACAGCUUAAAGCUUCAGGCUCGUAGUCUAUCUCCCGAUGUCCCGUGUCCACUGCAGUUAAGCAUGCCCGCACAGCAGAGCGUAAAAUCAUGGCGCCUGGCGCACGUCCUCAUCUACCUGUGUUGCAUCGCGACUUCACUCGGAGCCCUACUCAGUUAUCGCAACCUGAACGCGCUCCUGCAGAACAACGUGAACAAAUGCUUGUUGUACGCGAAGCCCUCGGUGGAAAAGCAAGAGGAAGGCCCGUGUCACUUCGAUCUCCUGGGCUCGGAGUGGAGCAGCGACCUUCUCUGUGACUACGUGUUUUUCGCCAUCCUGGCGUCAUUUGUCUACGGCAUCAUCGCCGUCUGGUUUUUUCUCAUGUGCGCGCCUUCGUCCAGAGGAACACCGGAUGACAAGUUCGGAAAUGGGACAGUUUUUUCUGAACGGAUGCUGAGCAUCGUUAGCGUGUGGAAGAUAGUGCCGCCUGCGGCCUUCUUCAGUGCCCUGCUGAUGCUGUUCACGGUCAUCAUGGCUUGGAAGGUCUCUGGGGGCCUCAAUGCCGUUUUCUCCGACCCUGAAUUUCUGGAUGCAGUCAGCAGAAACUGCACUCUGACGAACCCUUCGGUUCCUUGGGACAGUGGCACCUUUGCGACUGUGCGUAGCCAGCGGCUCAUGGCUCAGGUCUUCAUCUGGCUGAUGGCGCUCAGCUGGAUCCUGGCGACGUCCACUCUGGUGUGCCGUUGCACAACGGCCGCAGACUUCGUCAACACGCCCGAGAAUCGGUACCAGCCUCUGGUCCAGGAUCUGUCAAGCACUUCCACUUACCAGACCUCGCUCAGCGUGUGAAGCGUUCCGACCUCUUCGCCGCCCAAGCAUGUUUCGCUCUGUGUUGCUUGAGAUUUGUUAAGGGCUGGCACCUACCUUUUUUAUAUGAGGUCGCACCAUGUGGAUCCUACACACACGUAUCUUUUUCGUCUAGUCGCGCAACAUGCUCAUGCAGGAGUGCAUGAGCCCGCCUUCCCAGCGGAGUUUGUUUAUUCUCCGACAUAUUUCUCUGAUGUGUCAUGAGCUGGGCUCUUCAUUUGUGGUACUGAUGCUACUUAGCGGUUGUUUUAUUAUACCUUUUAUGUAUAGGUCAACAAUAUAACAUUUAGUUUAUAUCUAAGUAAUUUUGAUUUGGAAGUGGCAGGAAGAGCCACAAACAUUUGACGAUUUGCCUGACUCUUGCAUCUUCGAGUGACUUGCAUUGUGUUGUGUAAUGGUAGCUGUUUCAUUUGGUGCAGUGUGUUGCUAUAAGUGCUGGAAAGAUUAGAAAAGGAUGCACAACACUAUCUUGAAUAGU